AGUGGGUAGGAGGAAACAGCUACAUUCGAUUUUGCUUGUCGUUUAUCAGAUUUUUCAUUACUUUGUUGUGUCCUUUGAGAGAUGCGCCAAGGUGUGUGGCAUAAUUACCGUCUACAUACACUAUGUUCCAAAUCUUUGGCGAGAUAAAGGCUCGCCGGACAACUCACGAAGUAAUUCGCUUGUUAAGUGCUCCGGAAGUCCAAUCAAAACUCGGCGGAUAUCAUACUUCAAAACCGAUCGCAUCCUCGACUAUCGAAGUUGGAAUUUCGAAGUCGGUCAACAAUGACCAAUCGAUACCUCACUACUUGAAACCUCAACCUCUUAGAAAACCGGGCAGUCGAUUAGGUGGAAUUAAAAGGGUGGCGCCAAGCGUGAAGGCCGAUCCUCCAAAACGAGCACGUACCCCGUUAGCGAGUGAUUCACGCUGCUUCGCCGUAAUGUACGCGAAGCCUCAGACGAAAAAAAACAAAACCUGGGAGGACGAUGGUUAUCUCUUUCUCACAAAAAAUAAUACACUUAUCUUACGAAACAUGCAGGGAGAUGAAGUAACUUCGGGAGCGUUCUUAGCUCAAAAUUUGACCAAUGGUAGCAUUUUCAGCUUGGGGGAUAAAAUGAUCCAGAUUCAGGAUGAACUUAAUGAAAUGCUAGAAUUUAAACCCUAGCGAAACACAUACGAGUCGAUAUUUUAUGUGUAAACAAGUAUACGAACGAAGUUGCGCCUUCGUUGUACCGAAGAAGAAUGUUGAUUCUUCUAUGAUACGUAUCGCCCUGAAUUUAUAAUUAAAUGAAGUAAAUAUAUUAUGACGAGUUUCACUUGUGUGAGUGUCUUUAUUGUUUAUUUUAGCAAUACAUUGAAACAAAGUGAAGGGGAAGAUUAUUACAGUUGAGUAAUAGUAAUAAUGAGCAAGAUGUGCUGGAUCAAACAAAUCCUUGCAACAAUCGGUUUUCCCCGGCGGGCCUCUUGCCCCGCCAAUAUCGCUCCGCCAACCACCCAAUGAAUGUGUUAAACUGGUCACUUCUUAGCGCCACCUGAUCGUACAGUGAAAACAAACGCGAGGACAUCCUGUGAGACAUAUAUGUGCGGUAUAUUUAGCAGUGACUCAGUUCAAUCAGCGAACAGCAGAGCUGGAGUUCAAUGUAAUCGAUGUGACAGUGCGUGAUUUGAUAGCCGGCCGUCAGGAAGUGAGUUUUCACACUAAGUGUUUGUGUGCACAUACUCAUUUCUUUCAGCUGUGAUCUUCUAUGAUUACAGUGCCAGCGGCGAUCGUAGCAGUUAGCAACGAUGGCAGAUCUCACUACCUCUGAGUUUGUGGUCGAUGAAGUCAGCACGAUGAUCCGAGAGGCUGUGGAAAAAAUCAUUGGUGGAAAUAUUUACCAGGUAUCAAAAGUUCCCCAGUGGACCAAUACAACAGUUGAGCACAUCCUUUCACAGCUCACUAAACAGAAUAAGAACCUCAAAUAUGUUGUUAGCUGUGUGAUCAUGCAGAAAAAUGGGGCAGGCCUUCAUACAGCAAGCUCCUGUUACUGGGAUAACACCACAGACGGUAGUUGCACCGUUAGAUGGGAGAAUAAGACGAUGUACUGCAUCGUGUCCGUGUUCGGACUAGCUUUCUGAACGCGAGUCGCUGAAUCGGCUUUCCAAUCUCGUCACAUCCCCUUGGUGAUAAACAAAAAAUAAUGCAAAAUAGUCUCAAAUAGCGCAUCACGGAUGAUACGAUGAGUGGUCUGAACUAGUUGGUCGACUAUCGAACACAAUAUGAAGAGUCGACUCGUUAACAAUAGCCAUUCUAGAAACAACGAUAUCAACAUGUUGUAAAGUUCAUUAUUUGCGAUGGAUUCUGUACUCAACCGAAUACUUUCUGGUCACCUCGCUGGAGAAUUAUAUUGAUGUAGGUUCUGCAAUUUAUUUGUUGAAGAUAUUCUCCCUAUGCGGAUUAUGGCGUGCUAAUGCUUGUUUUUUUUGGGGUGUAGGCGAAAGAAUCAACAAAACAAGACGUCCAUGUCAAAAUAGAAUAACAAGUUUUCGUUCUCAGAGUAUAGAAAUCUGUCGCCGCCGUUGGCUGUUAGGGGUCUUUUUCCUGGCACAGCAAUUCCAAGUUUGUAUGGCCGCGUAAACACGUGCUGACCAAGCUAAUUUCAACCAAGGUUCUGUGUCAUUUUCGAAUAAAGACUGAAUGGAGGUAAAAUUUGUUAUUGCAGAAUAAGAAAGUAAUACAGAUAUGAUAUUGAAAAACAAUAGCUCUGUAGUUUUUCGAACAAAAGCAGAAUACUCUAUCCUGCUGGCAAUACCAAAAAGCACAUGCAAAAAGAAAAAAAUAUGUUAAAUUACAUCAUGUAUGUACAAAAUGACCCAAAGUGAGUUAAAAGUCACGGAGAUAGCAAAUAAUAUGGACGUAGGAAAGAAACACUUAAAUGCAUACGUCAAAACCUGUGGCUAAUAAUCGUAUAAUAAUAAUGAAUUAUGAAAACGGUAUAUGUUCAAAAGGUACCGAUGUCGUCAUUGUUUAUUCUUGAAUAAAUCGCUACUAGUAUGCACUGAUUGGAUUAGAUAAUUAAAUUCUAAUUUAUUGUGACAGUAGUAUAGAACAACACACAAUUCGGUGUACAAAAUGACAUUUGUAAGUAGCCUUUUGGUAUUUAAGUAAGAAAAAUCAGUAUGCCUGGAGGCCUAAAUAGGCAACGAACCUUGUCUUGUAAUUGUAAGAAAUCUACGAAUUUUGUCAUUGCAUUGUUUCGAGAUAAUAAAUCGAAUUUUAUCAAGCAAUACCAAGAAAAUUCAA